GAAAUAGGCUCUGUCGUAAGGCAAGCAUGAAAGUGUGGAGAAUGAAGAACCGAGAGUAGUGAAUGACAGAAAAUGUUGUUGCGAAAGCAUGAAAUGUGCAAAUGUGCGGUUUCCAUCUUACAAUAGUAACAUUAUAUGAAAGUAACAUUGUAUGAGGGUGGCUGAUGCAUUAUUAUUAUUUUUUUUAACAUCACGUUUUAAGUUUAAAAUAUAUAUUAAUAAAUUCAAAUAAUAUUAUGGGGAAAAAAUAUAUAUAGGCCAUUUUUAUUGUUUUGUUUUUUUAAAUCAGUUUUAAAUUUCUCUAUACUAGUUUGUCCUGUAGCGUGACAAAUACUUAAUAGAUUUACUUUUUUUUUUUUUUUUUUCAAAUAUUUAAUACAAUUAAUAUGAGCUCAUUAAAGCUGCAUGAAUACAAAAUGCUGUUUAAAAUAGAUAUAGAUAGAGUAUAUUGAUCCCAAAAGUACUUCAUGUCCUCUAUCCAUGACUUGGUAAAACAUACACAUUUUGAAAAUCAAACGUGCAGAUAUAAAGUUGUAUUUAAUUGAGCUGAGUUUGUACAAACACAUCUUUUAAAAAAUGGAAAAAAACUCACUUAUUUCACUUCUCAUAAAUGCUUGUUUCUUUAUGAGUUCUCUCUCUUCGGUAGUCCAGCCCCCACUAAACAACUCUAUAUAAAGUCCAUUUAUGCAUUGAAUUUUCUAUUUUGGCAUAAUGUCACAAAACAGUGAACAGAGCAUAUGUCAAGCCCGAGCCUCUGUGAUGAUCUAUGAUGACACCAGCAAAAAAUGGGUGCCAGUCAAACCGGGCCAGCAAGGCUUCAGCCGCAUCAACAUCUACCACAACACUGUCAACAAUAGCUUCCGUGUGGUGGGAGUCAAACUGCAGGACCAGCAGGUCGUUAUAAAUUACUCCAUUGUGAAAGGUCUGAAAUAUAACCAGGCCACGCCAACUUUUCACCAAUGGCGUGAUGCGAGACAAGUUUACGGGCUGAAUUUUGCCAGCAAAGAGGAGGCCACCACCUUCUCCACUGCCAUGCUCUUUGCGCUCAAUGUCCUGAGCUCUCAGGAUGCAGGUCCAGCAGCACAUCGUCAGAAUGGACCGGUGACAGAUGACGCCGAGGCUCAAAGGAGGCAAAUGAUGGACCAGCAUCAGAUGCAGAUGGAAAGGGAACGACGAACAUCUGGCUCUGCAGUCUCCACCCUUCAGUUUAAAGUGUCAGCAUCUGCCUCUCAGUCCGAAACCGCUCUGCAUGACCUCAGACAGUAUCGGGCUAACACUCUCCCCCCUUCCUAUGCUCACCUUAACCCCAUGCCACCUUCCUCCCACACCUCCUCUUCCUCCCAAGAACGGGAGAGCGGCUACCGUACUGUGGACUCCCCUCAAAAAAAGGCCCAGCAGCUUUCCCAGCUUUCCACCUCUCUGGCUUCUGCUUUCUCCCCAGUACAACCAGGUGUCGCCCCUCCACCUCGCAAUGUCAAGCAAAUCCCUCUUUCUCCUCCAACCGCCCAACAGGACCAUAAACACGCCACAUGGUCCUCUGCCCACAUGUAUGCCCCAUUACCUGCUACAUCGGCCCCCGUUGUAAUGGCAGUGCCAGUCAAACAACCUGCCCUGCCUGUCGCCCUCCCCCUGCCGCCCCUAAACAACGGCCCAACCUGUGGCCCUAAAGCUCCCGCUAACUCUUCCCACUUGGUGCCUGUAACACAGCACCAGCAGUCAUCCAAUAGCCAGGCAGAGGAGUACUACCCAUACCAAACCCCUCCUACGCAGGUCACCUCCGGAGCACCACUGCACUCACAGUAUCCCAUACAAGAAUUGUCCUGCCCCCUGCCCCCUCUCAUUGGCCAGCCCAUCCAAGGCCCCGCCCUCCACCCGCAGCAGCUAUACCAGGCCACACCCCCUUUCGACACCACACCCACCUCUCACACCACGCCCAAGACGUCUCCUUCGCCUGUUUAUCAGAACGCCACAGCGUCCAGCAGUCCUCCCAUCCCACCGGGUCAUCCCUCCAUGCUCUCAUCCACCCCUCCCAUUCACCCCCCUACCUCAGCACCCAUGGCGGGUCCACCAGCCCCUCCGCCCCCUCCUGGGCCGCCACCACCUGGGCCACCACCACCCGGGCCGCCACCACCCGCCACAGGGCCCCCUCCUGCCCCACCUCCACUGCCGGCUGGUGGAGGUCCUGCUCCGGCAGGCCUGGCUGCAGCUCUGGCUGGUGCCAAGCUGCGUAAAGUUCAGCGGCCGGAGGAAAGCAGUAGCAAAAACGAUGCCAAUCGCUCUAGUGGUGGCAGUGGAGGAGGUGGAGAGGGUCUCAUGCAGGAAAUGAAUGCCCUUUUAGCAAGGAGGAGGAAGGCCUCAGAGAAACCAGAAGACAGUCAAAAUGAGGAUUCUAAUGGAUCCCCUUCCUCCCGUGGACAAAAUUCAGAUCCUGUGAAGAAGCCAUGGGAACGGGCAAACUCUGCAGACAAGUCUUCAGCUGUGUCAAGGGCAAAACCAAUCGGAAGCACCAGUGAUGCAGAGUCAUUUGACUUUGACAGAAUGAAACAGGAGAUCUUGGAGGAGGUUGUGCGAGAAUUGCAGAAAGUAAAAGAAGAAAUCAUUGAUGCCAUUAGAAGGGAACUGCUGAGAAUUGGCUCCACAUAGUCUUAUGAAAUGUUAAUGACGACGACUGAUAACGACUGAAGGUUCGGGGAAGUACAGGAACGUGCACUUGAAAACGUUCUCGCAGCAUGUCUGCAAUGGUACGGAAAAUUCAGUUGCAGAAAUGUUGUGCAGAAACAAGGAAUUACUGAGAAGGACAAGGGAAAGCUGAGAAACAGAAGGAAUUGGAGUGAUGGAUUGAGUGAGUGUGUGUAUGGAUGAGCAGAUGGAAAUAUAGACCUUCACACUGAAUUUUCUAUUUCCUCCAGUAUGAACGUUGAGACAGUCCACUGUGCAGCUUGCUGCUCUCGCUCUUUCAAGUCUUAAAGUCAACAAGUUGGAAAUUAAUGAAGAUAUUUUUGUUUUCUAAGUUUAUAUUGUUUCAUCGGUCAUUGUUAUUAUUGUUAAGAAUUGUAUUAUAUUAAAUGAGAGAGAGACAAAGUUGCACGACA